AUGUUAUUUUGUUAUCGAUGGUGUCGUCGCCGUUCAAGACCAUUCAGUCGAUAUUUUUAUAUGUUUCUUUUUGCAAUUCUCAUUGGACUUAGUUGGUCUAUCUUGAGAAAUUCGUUUUUAAAUCGACAUGAUGAUGGUCUGAAAGAACAGAGAGCACCGUCGAUUUUCUGUUUUGUACUCAGUGCAAAUGAUCGUCAUUUAACAUCAUCACGAGCUAUUGUAUACAGUUGGGCUAAACGAUGUGAUCGAUUUUAUUUUGUUACACGUCUUCAAAAUACUAGUACUGAAUUAAUGAUGUUAGAACAUUUUGAAAAUACAAGUGAUAUAAAAUCAACUACAAUAGCUCAAAUUACAUUCGAUGUUCUUUCAUAUCUUCAAGAUGCAGAAUUAUUUUUCUCGUAUCAAUGGUUUUUACGUGCAAGUGAUGAUUCAUUUGUUAUUAUGCCAAAUCUUCGACGACUUGUUAUUCAAUUAGAUAAUGAAGAAAUACAUCGUCCAUUAGCUUGUGUUGGUGAUGUUGAACAAAUGUAUGAAAAAUAUAAUAUAGCAACAACUGGAUCAGUUAUGUUAUUUAAUCGAUUGGCAAUAAAUCGUUUAACUGAAACAGAUAAUUCUGAAGAUGAUGAACAAUAUGCCGAAAGACAGAAAUGUCUAACAAACAUGAUCUAUGAUCAUGAAUUUGUCAGCUGUAUUAAACAAAGUAGAAUUAUAAUAAAUCCUGUCAAUGAUUAUUUGAUACUUUCACAAAAUUUAUCAACAUAUAAAAUGGACAAACGAUUAAAGGAUACAUGUUGCAGUCCAAAUACUGUUGCUUUUCGUUCAAGCAAUGAAACGGACAUGUAUAAAUUUGAAUUUCUUUAUCAUAGACUUGAUGCAUUGUCAAAAAUAAAUGAAUAA